ACAGAGGGGUGGCAGGACAGAGGGUGACCCGGCUGCGUGGGUGCUCAGCACCCGCCGGAUGCGGCCCGUGGGGCGGGCAAGGGGCGUGUCGGGGCCGCCGAUAACAGCGGGCGCCGUGCCGGGGCCGCGGGAGCAGACGGCGCAGGCGAGUGGGAUGAGCCAGAGACCCCCAUCCCGGGCAGCCGGGCCCCGAAGCAGCGGGAUGGGGUCCAGCAGUCUCCCGCGACUCCUCCGCACCCUCUGCCUCGUCUCGGUGCUGGCCGGGUGCCUGCACCCUGCCACGGCCCAGUGGUUUUCCAUGGGCUCAGAGGACACCACCCCAGAUCCAGGCACCAGCCCUGUGCCCCCCGCCCUGGAUGGGGAGGAAGACACAGAUGCCGGCGUGGAGCCCGCGGGGAAGGUGCUGCUGAGCAAACCUCCUCAGGCAACAGCCCCUAGACGCCGGGACCAGCCCUCCAGGGGGGCAGCAAAGGGGUCAGGCCAUGCCCCGCCGCGCACACGAGGCAAGCACCGACCCACGGCCGCCCCGGAGAUCUUUGAGGGGAGCGCAGUGGAAGAGGAGUUCCUGCAGAUUCAGACGACGGCGAAGGGGCUGCCCCGGCGGGUCCCGCCGGCCCCGCAGACGGACCCCGCCCUUCAGGUGCACAACACCUCCGGAUGUGUCUGCCCCGUGCACCCCGGCCCUCCCGGCCCUCCCGGCCCAAAGGGAGAGAAAGGUGACCGAGGGUUCCCUGGAGAGAGAGGCCAGCCCGGAUUCUUAGGGGAGAGAGGGAAGUCGGGCAGCCCAGGACAGCCAGGUCACCAGGGUCCCCGGGGCCCCCCGGGUCCUCCGGGACCACCAGGGCCCCCGGGACCCCCGGGUGCCUGGGGAGCCCGGAGCCCGUCCGUGCCUGCUGCACUCUCGGAGAGAUCAGAGAACGAGCAGCGGGGAGUCUCCAGCCCUGCAGGAAACCCAGGACCCCCAGGUCCCCCUGGACUGCCUGGAAUGCCCGGACCCCCUGGCUACCCAGGCCAUGAUGGCCCCCAGGGGGCCCCUGGGCGGGAGGGAAAGCCAGGACCCCCAGGCCCUCCAGGAGCUGUGGGGCCACCUGGUUUCCCUGGGGCUGAAGGAAUUCCAGGAUCUCCAGGCUCAGCUGGGCCAGAUGGACCCCCAGGGGCACCCGGACUCCCAGGGCCUCAGGGUCCCCCCGGGGUGCCUGGGCAUGAAGGACCCCCUGGUCCCCCAGGACCUGCAUCACUCCCUGGCAAACCAGGGCUCCAAGGGGAGCCCGGAUUCCCAGGACCAAAGGGUGAGAAGGGCGAAUAUGGGCUGCCAGGCAUGCCAGGGAGCCCUGGCCGGACUGGAGAGCCAGGGUCCCCGGGCAUGCCCGGUCCCAUGGGGCCACCAGGACCACCAGGGGACUACAGGCAGUGUGACUCACGCCACGCUGGACACCGUGGAUUGGUCGGGCUGCCAGGCCCCAAGGGAGAAAAGGGCGACCCUGGAGAGCCGGGGUGCUGCUAUGGGGAACACGGGUGCAAACCAGGCCACGUCCCCUUCGCCAGCACUGGCAGCCAGCCCGGCUCCUGGGGGUCCAUCCACAGGUACCCAACGGAUGGCAAAGAGGAACCAGAGAUUUAUGGAGCAAUCAUCCCCCAUGGUCUUCGAGGUCCUCCCGGGAUCCCCGGCCCCCCUGGGCCCCCUGGCCCCCCUGGCCCUCCAGGUCUCCUCUACCUCAAUAGGGUGCACCCCAUGCAUGCCCAGCCGCCCUGCAAGCAGCCGGGAUCCGCAGACAGAAGCUGGCCAUCAGUUUCCAUGGGAACAUCCAGGCCCUAUGCUGGGACACCUUGUGACCCCUCACCAUCUCUGGGCUCUCCAGAUGCCGGUGUCCCUCAGACAGAGCCAUCGGACUCCCGCGCUGAUCCCCGGGUGCGUCCAGGCUGUGUCCCCGGGCAAACCCCCCCAGCUGCCCCGUACCACACACUAGGACCCUCACCCUCUGCACUCCCCCAGCGCCAGACGUGGGUUUUCAAGUCCAAGGAGCUGAUGGUGAAGGCGAGCAGUGCUGUGCCCGAGGGGAGCCUGGUCUAUGUGCGGGAAGGGAGCAACGCCUUCCUCCGGACCCCCACUGGCUGGAGCCGCCUCCUGCUGGAGGAUCCAAAGUCGUUCUUGGCUGGUGAUGAUCCUUCUGCCUCCACCCCACAGUACCAGGAGGCAAAGAGGGUGCAGCCAAGAGGUCCCAACACGCUGUCACCCAUGCAGUCUCCAACAGACUCACUGAUCCAGAAGGAGGAGGAACAAGGGCUGCCCCAGAUUCUGCCAACCACCGCCGCCCCACGGAUCCCAUCUCUCCGCCUGGCUGCCCUCAACGUGCCGCUCUCCGGUGACAUGAGCGGGAUCCGGGGCGCUGACCUGCAGUGUUACCGGCAGUCACAGGAGGCCGGGCUCUACGGCACCUUCCGGGCCUUCCUGUCCGCCCCCAGCCAGCACCUGGCGUCCAUCGUCAAGAGGACAGACAGGACCCUCCCCAUCAUCAACCUGAAGGGGCAGCUGCUGGCCAAGUCCUGGAGCUCCCUCUUUGGGGGUCAGUCUGGUGCUGCCCUGCGGGGUCCCAUCUAUUCCUUCAACGGGCGGAACAUCCUGACGGAUCCCCUCUGGCCCCACCAGCUAGCCUGGCACGGCUCCACACCACGGGGUGGCCAUGCCCGCCGGUGGGACUGCCAGGGCUGGCGCAGCUCUGGCACAGCCGAGGGCAUGGCCACUGCCCUGGGUGAGGGCCGGCUGCUGGCCGGGCACCGGCACAACUGCUCCACGCCGCUGGCCGUGCUCUGCAUCGAGGUGGCUUUUCCUUACCGGCACAUGUGGUGACAACUGUGACACCCGACCACACGCUCCAGGCAUGCCCCCAGUCCUGUGUGACUGGGGAACGUCCCUGGGGGCACCAUGGGUGGUGUCAGAGCUGUGCUGGAACACUGAGGGGACACUGGAUCCACAGCCAGGCUGUGCCAUGCCCAGCCCCAGCCGUGCCAUCCCUGUGCCAUGGGGCAAUGCUAGGCUGUGCCUGCAGCCUCCCACCCCCCCUAGAGCCAACAGGGUCACCACUCAGAA